AUCGACCUCCGGGACCAGAAGAAGGUGACGGGCAUCAUCACGCAAGGAGCCCGUGACUUUGGUCACAUCCAGUAUGUGGCAGCCUACAAGGUGGCCUACAGUGACAACGGCACAUCCUGGACCCUCUACCGGGAUGGCCAGACAAACAGCACCAAGAUCUUCCAUGGUAACAGCGACAACUACUCACACAAGAAGAAUGUCUUCGAGGUGCCCUUCUACGCCCGCUUCGUCCGCAUCCUGCCCGUGGCCUGGCACAACCGCAUCACCCUGCGCGUGGAGCUGCUGGGCUGCGACGACGACAACUACUCACACAAGAAGAAUGUCUUCGAGGUGCCCUUCUACGCCCGCUUCGUCCGCAUCCUGCCCGUGGCCUGGCACAACCGCAUCACCCUGCGCGUGGAGCUGCUGGGCUGCGACGAGUAG